GCUGGAAACUCGUGCAACUUUUCGGCUCCGGAACCUACUCUAGGUCCCUCACAACAUACAAGUGUAAACUCGGACUCUGUUGAUAAGUGACACUUGAGCAAUACAAACCAUUCCUGGAAUUUCAAGAUCCAAUUAUUGGUAUCUCCAACUCUUUGAAGAGGGCUCUCUAAGAGCUGGUGUUUGAAAAAUUGUUUCAAAUAGAGUUAAGAUUUGUUUUGAUGAUGCUAAAUUGAACUAAUGCUGCUAAACAUGGAAGCUCUGGUUGAGCUGCCCGAGAUUAAAUCUGAGAUAAAAGCAGAAGAUUUUGCUGCUCAGCAGCAGCAACAGCAGCAUAGUGUUAGUGUUAAUUCUCAGCAGAACUGUCAAUGGAAUCAGUUCGGAUACGGCGGAGAGGAAUUGUGGAGCAGUGUGUACCCUGGAACCCCUAAUAGUCAACAUUUGGUCCCUGGAACCCCUAACAGCCAUUUGGGAUCCGUGACACCUAACAGUCAUCUUGGCUCUGUCACACCCACAAGUCAUCUUGGCUCUGUCACACCUACGAGUCACCACGCCCCUCCAUGCACCACACCCCAAACCCACCAUACACUUACAAACGUAAUAACAAAUAACAACGCUUACUUUUCACAGGAUCCUGGGUUACUAGCUGGAUACUCAGAAACUAGCGCGCCGGUGGAUCUUUCAGCUCCAAGACCUAAUAUUCAUACAGAUAGAUACAGUGCCGUUGACGAUUGGAGUGGGGAUAAGUAUAACUAUGGAAGGUAUGGGAUGCUUCCUGGUUCUUUAACUCCUCCAGAUAAACUUAACGGAGAUCAUUGCAGUCCUGGUUUGGGUCCGCUACCAGGAUCUCAUUGGGGAGGAAACUUAGGAUUAUCAAGUAUGGCUGGGCCAAUGCAAACCCCACCAUCCUCACCUCCUAUGGCCAUUGAUAGAUUUGGGUCAUCUCUAUAUCGUUCAAAAGAGCAACGACUAACGCGCGACGCAAUGAAGAAAUAUCUUCGUGAGCGAGGAGAUAUGGUUGUUGUCAUGCUGCACGCAAAGGUUGCUCAAAAAUCUUAUGGAAAUGAAAAGAGAUUCUUCUGCCCUCCUCCUUGUAUAUAUCUGUAUGGUGAUGGCUGGAGGAGGAAGAAAGAGGAGAUGCAGCGUUCAGGUGAAUCUGAGCAGGGAAGUCAGCUAUGUGCAUUUAUUGGUAUCGGUAACUCUGACCAAGAUAUGCAGCAACUAGACCUCAAUGGAAAGCACUAUUGCGCCGCCAAGACCUUGUUCAUCUCCGACAGCGACAAGCGGAAGCAUUUCCUCCUCUCCCUCAAGAUGUUCUACGGAAACGGAACAGAUAUCGGAGUCUUUCAUUCCAAGCGUAUAAAAGUGAUCUCAAAACCCUCAAAAAAGAAACAGAGUCUCAAAAACGCAGAUUUGUGUAUAGCAAGCGGUACAAAAGUGGCGCUAUUCAACCGACUGCGGUCACAAACAGUGUCUACGCGGUACCUCCACGUGGAGAAUGGUAACUUUCACGCAUCCUCUGUACAGUGGGGAGCAUUCACAAUUCAUCUACUUGAUGACAAUGAAUCUGAAUCUGAGGAGUUUACAGUCCGUGAUGGAUAUAUUCAUUACGGAUCAUCAGUGAAACUUGUCUGCUCAAUCACAGGGAUGGCGCUACCUAGGCUUAUUAUCAGAAAGGUGGACAAACAGAUGGCCCACCUUGAUGCAGAUGAUCCUGUCUCACAACUUCACAAAUGUGCUUUCUACAUGAAGGAUACCGACCGUAUGUACCUAUGUCUUUCACAAGAGAGAAUUAUUCAAUUCCAGGCAACACCGUGUCCAAAAGAGCCCAACAAGGAGAUGCUAAAUGAUGGAGCUAACUGGACAAUUAUUUCAACGGAUAAGGUUGAAUACCAGUUCUACGAGGGUAUGGGCCCUGUUAGGAAUCCUGUCACCCCUGUCCCCGUGGUGCACUCCCUCCACCUCAACGGCGGGGGAGACGUUGCUAUGUUGGAGCUGACCGGGGAAUGCUUCACACCGAACCUCAGGGUCUGGUUCGGAGAUGUUGAGAGCGAGACAAUGUACAGAUGUCAAGAGAGUAUGCUCUGCGUGGUUCCUGAUAUUUCUCAAUUCCGAGGUGGCUGGCAGUGGGUUAGACAACCGACACAGGUUCCUGUAAGUUUAGUAAGGAAUGACGGUAUAAUCUAUGCAACCGGGCUCACAUUCACAUAUACACCAGAACCAGGACCUAGAUCCCACUGCACAUCAGCUGAUGAUAUCAUGAGACAAGGACAGAAUGUAGAUUAUAAUCCAGCUUCUCAAGUACUCAUGUAGAUCCUAUAUACUCAAACAACCAGCUCAAAUUCUUCACAACAAAGACGACAUCUUGAAUAUUCUCUGUUUCCCGACAUCAUCGUCGUCUUCUCAAACUCUGAAUUAAGCUCAAAUUUGUUGAUUAUGCAAAAAGUGACUCAGAAGCAACUUGGACGAUUCAAUCGCCGAUAAGUGAUUCCCCCGCCGCCGCUCUGUGAA